UCCCGAUGCGUUCCCCGACUGCCGACGCCAUGUCGGAGCUCGCACCCGCGCCUGGACCGCUAUUCCCGCCACUUGUUGUUGCGACUUAUAUCGCAUGCGUCGCCGGCGCCGGAGCCCUCGCCAACUGUGCUCUCUUAGCUGCACUCCUCAAACGGUCAAGAAACGGAUUAUUUUCAAUUAUCAUACAAUUAGCAGUUGCGGACUUCAUCUUGCUCGGAACAUCAAUUGGUCCAGAACUAUGGUCAUACAACAUAAGAACAUGGAUUUUUGGAAGAAACAGUUGCAUAGCGUAUCGAGGACUCAGUAUAUUUGCGACAACAGCAUCUUUGUAUUUAACUAUCACUAUGGCUCUUCAUACGUUAUCGACAGCAAAUAUAGAAAAAAAGGCUAUGAUACUUAAAAAUAAAAAAACGAGUCACGACGAAGAUGAAGAAAUGAGAUCUUCGCGUCACAGUCUUGUUGCUUGCAGCGAUAUUUCAAUACCACCUAGAACAAUGAAUCUCGACUAUCGCCUCGCAAACGCUAGAGUAAGAGUUGCACCACCAUGUGUUUUUGUAUGGAUAUUAGCUGCAUCUCUUAGCAUACCAGAAAUCGCCUUAGCUACAACUGUUCCCCAUGAGCAUGAUAUCAUAGUAUGUACUUUAACUGAUAACAGCCACAGGAUAAACAUGCACUCUAUGGUUGCGCUGUUUACAUUAUUUUUACCAGCGUUGAUAUUGAUUUCGGCGGGAACUCUUAUUAUAUGUCAUUUAAAAUCCAAAAAAAUGUCUAAAAUUGAAGGGAGCGAUAUAAUCCCAGCACUAAAGUUAUCAAUAUGUUUAAUAUUCAUUUAUAUAAUUUUUUGUGCACCACGAUCUGUAUUUUAUGUUUACAGCCUAUACGCGACUUCCGAAAAUAAUAAAAUAUAUUUAGGAUAUGACAACGAUACGAAUUUAUUUAUGAAUUUAUUACUCAGUGCCAUGUAUCUAGGAGCAACGUUAUUACGUCCAAUACUCUGUAUAAGCGUAUUACCCAGAUUAAGGGUAUUUUUUUCAUUUAGUUUCAGGAAUACAGAUGUAUAACUGA